UGGGGGGCCAAGCUAGGGAGAAAAAAUGGCUUCAAACCCAGGUCCCUUGACGAACUGGCCAUGGCAAAAGCUUGGAAACUUCAAGUACAUGGUUUUGUCGCCUUUGGUGGCACAUAGUUUGUGUUCAAUCAUAAGCAAGGAGGAGGGAGAGAGGGACGUAACAAUCUUGUAUGUCUACCCAUUUUUGCUGUGGAGGAUGCUUCACAGCCAACUAUGGAUAAGCUUUGCUCGUUACCAGACUUCCAAAACCAACCAGAGGAUCGUGGUGGAUAAGGGCAUUGAAUUUGAACAAGUCGAUAGAGAGAGAAACUGGGAUGACCAGAUUAUUCUGAGUGGCAUUAUAGGCUACAUUGCGGUUAUGUAUGUUCCCUGGGCUGCAAGAACGCCAAUGUGGAGAUGGGAUGGUCUGGUUCUUACCAUUCUACUCCAUACGGGUCCAGUAGAGUUCCUCUAUUAUUGGUUUCACAGAGCAUUACAUCAUCAUUUCCUUUAUUCUCGAUACCAUUCUCACCAUCACUUAUCAAUAGUUACAGAGCCUAUCACCUCUGUGACUCAUCCAUUUGGAGCAAUGAUCGUUUAUUAUAUACCAUUCUUUAUACCGAUUCUGGCCAUGUUGCACACUGGAUCUGCUUCUGUGAGUGGAAUUGUGGGGUAUAUAACUUACAUUGAUUUCAUGAAUUAUAUGGGACAUUGCAACUUCGAGCUCGUUCCAAAUUGGGUCUUCAACAACUUUCCGAUCCUCAAGUACUUUAUGUAUACGCCAUCGUUCCAUUCUCUUCAUCAUACGAAAUUCCGGACAAACUACUCUCUCUUCAUGCCUCUCUAUGAUUACAUAUAUGGAACCAUGGACAAGUCCACAGAUAAAUUGUAUGAAACUUCACUUAAAGGAAGGAAAGAGACUACAGAUGUGGUUCACCUGACGCACCCAACUACGCUGCAGUCUUUCUACCAACUUCCCCCAGCCAUUGCCUCUCUCGCAUCAAAGCCAUACUCUCCCAAAUGGUAUAUGUGGAUGUUGUGGCCAAUUCCAUAUGGAUUUAUGUUUCUUACCUGGGUCUUUGGUUCCACCUUUACUGUGGAAAGGAAUGUGUUUGAUAAACUCAAGAUGCAAACAUGGGUAAUCCCAAGAUUUAGCUUUCAUUAUUCCUCAUCAAGGCAAAAAGAGGCCAUUAAUGGCUUGAUUGAGAAAGCUAUUUUGGAGGCUGAGAGUGAAGGUGUUAAGGUGAUGAGUUUAGGUCUUCUAAAUCAGGGAGAGAAAUUUAAUGGAAAUGGUGAGCUUUAUCUCCAGAAACACCCAAAGCUUAAGAUUAGAAUUGUAGAUGGAUGCAGCUUAGCUGUUGCUGUUAUACUUCAUAGCAUCCCCCAGGGAACAAAGCAAGUGCUGCUAAUAGGAAACCUCUCUAAAGUUUCUUGUGCAGUUUCCAAAUAUUUAUGCCAAAGAGGCAUUCAGGUAAAACAUUGA